AUGGCAGCAGUCCAAAAGCUAAGCGAGUCGACAUAUACAUUUCUUAGUAUUAUCGAUCACACGCUAGAUGAUAUUAAAAGUCUCUAUUAUCUAGAUAACGGUCAUAAUCGACGCGUUCCGUGUUACGGACUUGGAUCGUUGGAAAUUAUGCCUCUGGAAGUCCUUCGAAUGGUCAUUCUACGGCUUAAUAUUCAGUUAAUAACUCAUUUCCGACGCGUCAAUAGACGAGCAAGGCUGGUCGUAGAUCAGAUCCCACAAUACAAACAAAUCAUUGUGCACGCGCCAGCCUCGAUCCGAGGAUGUCUCAGCAUCAGAACUGGAUUUUCUUUUUCAUGCCAAGAUCUAUAUGAUAAGCUGCGUACAGCUGAUUGUAACAGCUGUAGUGACUUUGGUGGUUACCUAUACCUAGUCACUUGUCGUCGCGUUUGUUUUCUCUAUUUUACCGAGAAGACCGAUUACCUUCCACUCCUAUGA